AUGCUUAAGGCUAGCAGUACUGUACCGCCAAGUGUACUAACAGAUAGCUGCACUAGUCACAAGCGAGCAGAGUAUGAGACACUCACAGCUUACAGCCUUGGACUUGUUGAGGUUGGAUCAAUCGUCUAUUACCUAGAAGAUUUCCCUAUUGGCCCACCACAAGAGUACGGAAGUCAGGCUGCACAAGUCGGAGGUCCCGGGUCAACAACCGGCGUGAAACUCAAAGGCAGAUUUGGAAUCGUCGUGGCGAAGGCGCAAAAUGAUUGGAUGGAAUAUGUUGGCGUUCAAGCUACCGACAAUUUCGACUUUCACUAUCCUUCGCCCAGCAAGGCGUUCGAGAUCAAGUUCACACGUUGUGAAAUCAAGUCCAAGGCUUCUGUCCAUCUCUUGCACAGAUGGGCUAGUCUUAGUAAUCAAACCUUGGCAGCGGGGAAUAUUGCUUCCGAGCUUAAAGGCGAUGAUUAA